CCAGUGGAGGCUGACACCAAACCCCUGGGGGAUGCAGGCCCAGCCUUUGGGGGUGGCAGCGCCGGUGAACCUGGCCCGGGCGCCCUGGCUGACCUGGACUGCUCAAGCUCUUCCCAGAACCCAGGAAGUUCUGAAAACCAAAUGGUGUCUCCAGGAAAACUGUCUGGCAGCCCUGAGCAAGCCUUGGAGGAAAAUGUUCGUUCUUAUUCCUUAGACAAGAGAACGACACCCACCUCUGAGCCCCUAGGAGACCAUCCCAGGACAGAGUCCCAACACAGAGUGGAGCCUCUGCACAGAGCCGAGCAGGAAUGCAGGCCUGGUGGGGUCUCUGCGCCCACAGCAGUGGCCACUUGGCCUCCUGGUGUGAACUCUGAGGAAGCAGUCGGAGGAGCGCCCCUUGGGGGUCUGCCUAGCGAGGCCCUGGCCUGCCCCGUGAGUGUGGGUACCCCCAUGCCAGCAGAUGGCACGCAGACCCUUACCUGUGCGCACACCUCUGCUCCUGAGAGCACAGCCCCAACCCUGAGUCCUCUGAAGGAAGUGGCUUCGGGUCAGAUGGUCAGCUCCUUGAGGACUGGACCCAUAAAACUUGAAUUUGAUUUCUCCGAUGGCACCACCCCCACGCUGGCUUCUCAGGGCUCUUUUCACCUCGACUGGGACAAGCUGGAGUACCCAAACUUCACCCCGUUCGGAGGUAGCACGAAGUCUAGUUGCAGAGAGGCCCAGCCUCCAGAAAGCCCCAAGACCAGGCUGGGCCAGCCGGCAGCUGAACCACGGAGUCCCACGGGGGAGCCGGGCUCCCAUCUGAGCCAGCAGCUGCUUUCAGCCUUAGCAGAGGACACACCUGUGGUGCAGUUGGCAGCUGAGACCCCAGAAGCAGAGAGCAAGGAGAGAGCCUCAGACUCUGCUAGCACCUCGCUUCCCAUGGGCUGUCCGGACAGUGAGCCAGUGCCCACCCAUCAGCAGGGGCAGCCUGCCUUGGAGCUGAGAGAGGAGCACUUCAGAGACCCCGCUGAGGUUCUAGGCACAGGGGCAGAGGUGGAUUACCUGGAGCAGUUUGGAGCUUCCUCGUUUAAGGAGUCGGCCUUGAGGAAGCAGUCCUUAUACCUCAAGUUCGACCUUUUCCUGAAGGACAGUCCAAGACCAGGGCCCGUGGCCACAGAGACCAGCAGCAGCACGCACGGUGUGGAGGAUCCUCCCUCAGGAAGUCCGCGGGAAGCCACCCUUGUGGAGUUGGAUUUCUUGGGAGCACUGGAUGCUCCGGUUCCAGACCCACCCCCAGGUGUCCCUGCACCUGGCGGCCCACCCCUGUCCACCGGGCCUAUAGUGGACCUGCUGCAGUACAGCCAGAAGGACCUGGACACGCAGGUGAAGGCGGCACAGGAGGAGAACCAGGAGCUGAGGAGCAGGUGUGAGAAGAACCUGGAGCUGGGGGUGAUCAUGGACAGGUUCGAGGAGGUCACAUACCAGGUCAUGGAGGAGGUUCAGAAACAGAAGGAACUUGCCAAAGCCAACAUCCAGAAAGUUCUAAAAGAAAAAGACCAGCUGACUGCAGAUCUGAACUCCAUGGAGAAGUCCUUCUCUGACCUCUUCAAACGCUUUGAGAAACAGAAGGAGGUGAUUGAGGGCUACCGCAAGAAUGAAGAGUCACUAAAGAAGUGUGCAGAGGAUUACCUGGCGAGGGUCACCCAGGCAGGCCAGAGGUACCAGGCCCUGAAGGCCCACGCCGAGGAGAAGCUGCAGCUGGCAAACAAGGAGAUUGCCCAGGUCCGGAGCAAGGCCCAGGCGGAAGCAUUGGCCCUCCAGGCCAGCCUGAGGAAGGAGCAGAUGCGGGUCCAGUCACUGGAGAGGACCGUGGAGGAGAAGACUAAAGAGAAUGAGGAGCUGACCAGGAUCUGUGAUGACCUCAUCUCCAAGAUGGCGAAGAUCUGACCCAGAGCUGCAGCCCCUUCUGUCUGUCCGUCUG